AUGGCGGGCAUCGAGCAUCUCGAGUCCUACAUCGUUCGCUGGGUUCAGGUGGACGAAGGCAACACGAUCUCAUGGAGUAUACAGCCUCAUAAGAAGUCGAUAAAUUUUGGCAUUGUGAAGCACCCAGGCACUGGAGCGAACCCUAUACUACUUUCGACCGACAAUGACAUUGGAUCACCGCACACUCAUGGCACAUCCGAGGGGAAGUCGGGGAGGCUCCAUAAACGGGAUACGACAGCCCAGGAGCUGCUGUCGGGCAAGGGCUUCAUCUCCAUAGCAUGGAUCGGGAAGUGCGAGGCCGACAAAGUUUCCAUGGGCACCCACGACAUCCCGACGGGUCAGAGCGGCAUGUACGGUCUCGUAUUCGACAACACGUUUUCAAAACAGACGUCUAAAACAGCUACCUUCGUCAUCUUGACCUAUCCAACCGGCGCCCCGCCCCAGUCAGCAAAUCACUUGCCAAACCUCCAGCAGCCGAAUGCUCGAGGUAGCCAGACAAGCCUCGGGAAGCACGCCCAGCCCACCGAGGGCAUCGCCUCUGCCUCUUCUGAUAGCCUUCACAGCCACACCGCCGUAGCUCGUCCAACUUCAGCUUCAGGUCGCAGUGAGGGAGGAUCUCCCAACCAUCAUGUUGGAACGCUCUCUAAGCGGCGGCGUAAGAAAGGUCAGGGUUACGCUCGCAGAUUCUUUUCUCUCGAUUACUCUACCUGCACGCUAUCAUACUACUACAACCGCAAUUCUUCCGCCCUCAGAGGCGCGAUUCCUCUUAGCUUGGCUGCUAUCGCCGCAGACGAGCGCAGAAGGGAAAUCAGCAUCGAUUCCGGAGCUGAGGUAUGGCAUCUCAGAGCGCCCAACAGCAAGGAGUUCCAAGACUGGGCCCGGGCAUUGGAAAAGGCAAGCCGAAUUGCACGCGGGAUGGAGACGCAGCUUCGACCAUCACCAUCUACAAAAUCUCGACCAAAUGCCGACUCUCCGCAGCUGCUUAAAACCUCUCGCCUGAUGAGCCACCAGGAGGAUACAGAAUGGCAGCAAGUCGAGGCUUUGGUCAGCCGUGUCGUGGGAACCCGAGAUGCCCUCAGGCGAUUGACAAAGGAGGUAGCCGCCCAGGCAUCACUCCCGGCCCAUGUCAAUACCCCUGCUCAUGUCCCAAUGGCUUCGCCCAGCGCCAACAGCCUACUGUCCCCUGGACAUCCCAGUGCUGGUAGUGAGGAUAGAGAAGGUUACUUCCCUGCUCCCACCGAGAAAAAGUCAUUUUGGAGGCGUAAGUCAACUGCCGCCCCGCCGACCUCUUCCACACAGAAACUGGUUGCCUCGGCACUAGCUGUGCCCUCACCUGACGGUGUGGUGCCAUCAGUACCUGCCAACGGCGCAAGAGUAGUUUCUCAUGGUCGGAAGCCGUCUAGGAGCCAAGCGCAGCUCGAGGUUUCACUCCAAGAUCAUUGUCAAUCCCUGUUGACGGACCUUGACUCAGUUGUGAGCGAGUUUACCUCACUCAUUAACACGAGCAAGCGCCGACGACUCCAAUCUCCCAUGUCGCCGGCGGGAGCCUCUCGUAAGAGCAUAGAAACUACGGCAUCAUCCUUGGACGAGUUCUUUGAUGCUGAAGAGGCCGACAACGCUGUGGUCAAGGUUGAUGGAAGCGAUGACGAAGAAACCCACUCUGACGAGGUCGGAUCACUUCAUGAUAACUCUUCCGUCUCAUCUGUGGACGAUGAUGAGGAUGUCAUCCCUGGAGAUGUCGGUCAUCUCUUCCCCGCCAAACCAAAGAAUCUCUCGCCACUACCCGUCAAUAUGACUAUUCAAAGAAGAACAACGAUCCCCCCAGCGACAGUUGCGCCACCAAGCUUGAUUGCUUUUGCCCGAAAGAAUGUCGGUAAGGACUUUAGUACUAUUGCUAUGCCUGUUUCUGCGAAUGAACCGCUCUCUCUCUUGCAGAAGGUGGCAGAGCAGUUGGAAUAUGCUACUUUACUGGACCAAGCUGUUAGGCAGAAGGGUCCAACCGAGCGUCUCUUGUACGUUACUGCAUUUGCAGUCUCGCAUUUUAGCGGUAAUCGGGCUAGAGAGCGAGCUGCAAGGAAACCCUUCACUCCCUUGCUGGGCGAGACAUUUGAGCUUGUGCGUACAGAGCAAGAGGUCCCCGGCGGGUUCAGACUCCUCGUAGAGAAGGUCCAGCAUCGCCCGCUCAGACUUGCAAUGCAGGCAGACUCAGCCAAUUGGUCAUUCUCCCAGUCUCCCGCACCGGGGCAGAAGUUCUGGGGCAAGAGUGCCGAAGUUACAACCGAGGGUCGUGUCCGCAUUGCGCUCCGGUUACCUGACGGGGAAGACGAGCUCUACUCGUGGAACAUUGCCACCAUGUUCUUGCGCAAUGUGGUGAUGGGUGAGAAAUACAUGGAGCCUGUUGGCUCAAUGCACGUGUUCAACGACAGCACCGGGCACAAGGCCACAGUCGAAUUUAAGAGCAAGGGCAUGUUUGGUGGAAGGGUGGAGGAAGUUCACGCAACUACAUUUGGUCCUGACGGCAGCAAUACUGGGAGCGGUCUUACAGGAAACUGGACAAGCGAGCUUCGGACGGUGGGGCCCGGCAAGGCAGCCAGCUACGAUAUUUGGAAUGCCGGCGAGCUUGUCGACAAUGCUGCGCAGACGUAUGGCUUGACAGUCUUCGCGGCCAGCCUCAAUGAAAUUACAGAGGUGGAGAAGGGUAAGCUUCCCCCUAGUGACUGUCGAUUCCGACCGGACCAGCGACUGGCCGAAGCUGGCAACUUUGACGAGGCGGAUGACGUCAAGGUCAAGCUCGAGGAGGCUCAGCGUGCCCGUCGACGAGUGGUGGAAGACAGCGGCGAGCCAUACAAGCCGCGGUGGUUUGUCAAGGCCGAGGACACGCCCGAAGGGGAAGAAGUUUGGAAAAUCAAAGGAGGCAAGGAUGGCUAUUGGGAGGAGCGAGCCCGUGGAACCUGGGCCGGGGUUGAGAAGCUUUUUGAUGUUUAG